UAUAUGUAUAUUUUUCUAAGAAUAUUUAAUGCUUAAUUAUUUUAUUUCGCUAAUUUGAAAUUAUGUUUGUCUUGCUGGGAAUUAUACUAGUUCGGGUCUACGUCGCUUCUGAACCAUUUUUUUUUUUUUGCUAGUUGCUGUGAAGGAGAAAAUUUUUUGCUAAAGUGGUUUAUUCGCAAAGUCUUUAAGUGAUUUGUCUAAUUAAUUCUCCCAAAUAUUUAAUUUUUAAUUGUAUAGCUUAAGGCAUAUGGGAAUCGGGUUUCAUGAAGUUAUCUAAAUUGUUACAUAAAACUACUCAUUGUUAUGACGCUAUUAUAUUCCAAUGUGGUCGAGUUGAGGUACAAACCUAAAAAAACAAAUCCAAAAUUUCACAUAUCAUUGCUGUUUUAUAUUUUGACAUCGCCUCCUACGCCCGGCUUCACUAUAAAUUCUCUAUGAGCUUUUUAGAAGAUGUUCAUGUUGAAAUAUUCCCAUUAAAGGCGCUGAGAAGUACUAACCUCACCAACCAAUUUCCUUAUCUCCAAACGCUUAUAAAGAUCAACAUACUUAAAUGCAUUUUUACAAGUAUAUCCACACAAAAUGCAAAUGCAACAUCUGAAUACACAAUUGAGCUAAAUAUCACUUAAGAGUUUUGCAAUUACCCAGAUACUUGAACAAUUGCUCUCGGUUAUAUAUACUUACACAUAUUAAAUCUACAUGGAACAUUUGUGGGAACAAAAAUUGCAAAAGAAAUUCGAGCGCGCCCAAGUCAAUUUGUGUAUAGAGGAAAAUUCUUAGUAAUAAUAAUAAUCUAACCCUUCUGUGGACGAAAUCCUUAGAUUAAAUGAACAUCACUCAUCAAUUGUCAUUCCAGGCGAAAGUAUUACCAUUUGGCAAAUGUUAAGGCUUGAAAAAUUCCAAAGGCUAAAUUUAAAAAUCAAUGUAUUUACGCUACUGCGGGCAGAUUUCCAUUAGCCGUAUCCUUCUAAAUGACACUGUAAGCUCAAGUGCAUCUUAAUUCUUCAACAGAAGUACUCCCAGUAAACAAAUAGCUGUGACUCUUUUAUGCGUUAAUUACCUAUACAUAACCUCAUUCAUCAUGAAAUAUACUCGCUACUUUUCCCAAUCCACUUAACAUAGGUAUAUAAAUAUACAGUUUCUGAUAUAUCAUUAAAGUCAUUGGGAUAGAAUCUCAUAGGUUGCCUAAGUCUGGGUUCAGGACGUUAUUAUGAUUUCUAAUAAGUCAACUGGAACUAGCAGCUAGCUAUGAGCAUUUCCAAAAGUAUUUAGCAAAUAUUUGAAGCAAUAAUAAUUGUAACCAACCAAUAUUUAAAUCUUAUUUUUAUGUGACCAUCAUGAUUGAUCCUUGCUUUUUCAGUUUCAAUGACAUAGACCAAAUAUCAUCCGAGAUGUUAAUGCAGAAUUCUGUUACCAAACGUAAAACGUUGAUAUUCGCCUUUUUUGGCAUCGCUUUGGGACUAUGCAUUGGCACGGUUCUCAAAAACUAUCGUGCGCUGGAGAUCGUUAAACGGUGCAGCAUGAAACCAAGCGGGCAACAAAACCCGUUCGAAAUCAUCGGUAUGAAUCCAGAAGAAGAAACAAUUAAAAGCUCACAGAAAAAUCUUGUAUUCGUCGGCGUAAUGACAGCGCAGAACUUUAUCGAGGGACGUGCGCGUGCCGUUUAUGAUACAUGGGGGAAGGAGGUGCCUGGUAGAAUAGCCUUCUUUAGUUCAGAAGGUUCUCACUCUAAAGAGUUGCCGGUAAUAGGUUUGAAGAACGUAGACGAUCGCUAUCCUCCGCAGAAGAAAUCAUUCAUGAUGCUCUAUUACAUGUAUGAACACUAUAUUGACAAGUUUGAAUGGUUCAUACGAGCCGAUGACGAUGUAUAUAUUGAGCCAGAGAAACUGGAACGCUUCCUCCGCUCGAUCGACAGUUCUAAGCCACAAUUUAUAGGUCAAGCCGGCAAAGGCAAUAGUGAGGAAUUUGGCUUGUUAUCGUUGGAGUUUGAUGAAAAUUUUUGUAUGGGUGGUCCGGGUGUAAUACUGAGUAGUGAAACUCUACGCAGAGUUGCUCCGCAUAUACCAACUUGCUUGAAGAACCUCUAUAGCACACAUGAAGAUGUAGAAGUCGGACGUUGUGUACAAAAAUUUGCUGGCAUCCCAUGCACAUGGAAUUACGAGAUGCAAUACAUCAUGAGACACAAUUCAAGCGGACCCUAUGCUUUCACUGGUAAACUGAAGCGCAAAGAAAUCCACAAUGCUAUCUCUCUCCAUCCGAUCAAACAAGCUCCAUUAAUGUAUCGACUCCAUUCAUUCGUGCAGGGUCUUAAGGCAGAGGAAAUCCGACAGGAGUCUCUCGAACUACAUCGGGAUAUUAAACGGAUGGCGAGUUUUUUAGAGAUACCCAGUGACAGCAAAUAUUUUGUACCGGGUAUCGAAUUGAUACCUGAAGAGAUAAAUAACGGCCAACAUUAUGAAGAUCACAACAUUCUAGGCAUUACUCCGGAUUUGAAGAAAUUCACGCCCUCAUCGACAUCCGACCUACUCGAGUGGUCUUUUAUUGCAAGAAGCCUCUAUUCUAGUGAAAAUGCGAAUCCUAAACAUAAAAUCGACUCAGCACUCCGGGAGGGACUCGAAGACGUCAUCACAGAAGUAAUGGAGAACAUAAACAAUUAUUCCCGACAAAGGGGACGAGUUAUAGAGUUUCGUGAACUACUUUACGGCUAUAAUAGGGUAAAUCCGUUGCAUGGUCAGGAUUUAAUACUGGACCUCUUACUGAUCUAUAAGCGAUACCGUGGCAAAAAAAUGACUGUACCAGUGCGUCGUCAUUUGUAUGUACAGCGCGCAUUCACCGGUACAUUUGUAAAGGAAUUCAACGAGGACUUUUACAAUUUUACAGUUCAAAAAAGCUAUUUGAAAAACAUGUUGAGCUCCGGUAUGGAAAGAAUUUCAAAACACUUUACCCUUCCUGGUUUGCCAGCUGGCAAAGGUCUGUUCGGCGCCGCUGCCGAUACGUCGAAAAUCGUAUUUGUAUUACCAAUAGCUGGACGUUUUGGCACAUUCCAGCGAUUCUUAGACACCUAUGAACGUGUAGCGAUAGAACAGGAUAAAAAUUGUGAUUUACUAGUGGUUAUAUUCGGAGACAUUGCAAGCGUUCAAAGUCACUUGCAUCUUUUAUUGGAUCUACGUCAACGGCACAUUUACCAACACAUUAACUAUAUACAACGGAAUGAAGAAUUUUCACGGGGUGUGGCAUUGGAUGUGGCCGCACGUUCAUCUUAUAUACGGGAUAAUGACAUAAUGCUAUUCAUCGAUGUUGAUAUGGUGUUUCAAUUGGAAACAUUGCAUCGUAUACGAUUCAACACAGUGCAAGGCCGGUAUGUAUAUUUACCGAUCGUCUUCAGCCAAUAUGACCCUAAGAGGCGUUGGAGAGAUGAAGAUGUUGGAUAUGCUCAUACACAAGCUGACGAGAUUACCAAUGAAUCGGGAUACUUCCGACAAUUCGGUUACGGCAUAUGCGCCAUAUACAAAUCGGAUAUACUUGAUGAUGAUAUAAAUGGUUUUGAUAAGGAUAUAACAGGUUGGGGAUUAGAAGAUGUAAAAUUCUUAGACAAAAUCGUUAAGGUUGGUAACCGGCGAAAUGAUUUUCUGGUCAAUACUGCCGAGGUGCCAGCCCAGUACAAUGAUGCCGCACGCAAAAUGAGGCGUCUUAGUAUAUUCCGUGCUCCCGAUCCGACAUUGGUACAUAUAUUCCACGAUAUUAAUUGUGAUGUUAAGCUCGAUGCUCCACAAUAUAACAUGUGUCUAGGAACGAAAGCGAAUUCAAUUGGUAGUACCCAUUUUAUGGAACGAUUAUUUUAUGGUAAUAAAGAUAACAUAAAUUUCAUUUCCGAAUUCAAUCAAAAAAAGCUGCAGAGAUGAGAUUUAAUAGGUUUAGCGACAUACCAAAAUCAAGUAUUUCAAAUAGCUUUUGAACGUAUUAUCUGAUAUUUAUAUUUUUGUGUGUUUCAUACUAAACAAACCUUAAGGUAUUAGAAUAUUCAGGAAUUAAGGCACAACAAAGAGGUUAUACAGGUAUAAAACGCAUACAUAUGUAUUUAAUUGUAAGCUGUAGCUUUAAGGCUAUCCUGAAAAAUGCUUUGCAUUGGAACAGUACAUACUUAUGUUUAGAGAUAAGAAUUUACAUGCAGAUUUUAAGUUAUUGUUUCAAUAGUUUUUGUACGCAAAUAUUUAUAAGAAUUUCAUAUAUUUAAGUAUGUAGUUUUUCUUGCAUACGUACUAGAGCAUUAGAUAUGUAAAAAUCUGGGUUAUUCAAUAUAUUAUAUAUACAUAAAGUAAUUUUUUACAAAAUUAUAAUUCGGCACACAAAAAUUUGAACAAUUGAUCACAUAAAAUGAACCGGUUCGAUAUCAAGCAGAGCCAAUGCUUUAUUAAGAAUUUCUCGAACUGCUUUCACCAGAUAUAUACGGGCAUAUACGUAAGGCAUUAAGUGCUGUCGCGUUUCUUGCUGUACAUUGAAUGAAAAUAAAUAUAAAACAAAUUAAUUA